GCCUCCUCAAUUCACUCAUACUCGUUUCAUCUUCUUCAAUUCAAGCCCUAAUUUCCAGAUUUCAAUACUCAUGGAUUUCCACAGCCUUAACAGAAGGCAACUUCAAUCUCUCUGCAAACUCAACCAGAUCCCAGCCAACAUCACCAACGUUGCAAUGGCCGAUGCUCUCAAAUCUCUUCAAACUGUAGUAGGGAUUGAAGAAAUUGUCAACACUUCAUGUUCUGAAGUUUUGUCACCUAGGGCUCCUUGCACAAGUUUUAGAACUACAAUUCGGAAAAAGGUGAAGAAACCGGAAACCGAGUCUCUGCUUGCGACUGCAAGCAGGGGAGUAAGGAGGGAACUGAUUGGAGAAGCUAAUGAAUUUCUGAAAACUCCUGCUGUUUCGGGUGUCAGAAAGAAGGGGACUGCAACUUUAACGAGUGGGAAAAAGGAUGCGACUGUGCAAAGAGUCUAUAAUACAAGAAGGUCAGCAAGGUUGACUGAGAAGAAAUGUACAGAGGCAGGUGUAACAGAGAGGGAUAUAAGUCGACCUGUGAAGAUUGCUUCGUUUUCGGAACAAGUGAGUGUAGCAUCAGAGAAAAGUGCAGGAUCAGGUUCUAGUUCUGUAGAAACAUUCCUUGAGUCCUACAUAUCAUCUGAGAACACGGAAGAUAGUGACAGGGAAGGAAGUGGUGAAAACUGUGACGAGGGCAUCUCUAAGGCAAAAGUAGAAGACAUUUGCAUCAAGUUUGACAAACUUGAUGUUGUUAUCGAAGAUGGAAGUGAUCAAAGUAAAGUGAUUGAAAAGGUGAAUUGUUGUAGUGAGAAUUUGGAUGUUGAUGAGGAACAGAAAGUUAAAGAGAUGGUCAUCUCGAAUGAACGUCAGGGCUCUGAGGAAAAAAGUGACCAAGUAGAAAAUAUUAACCCGGAUUCAAAAAACGUCUCAAAUUCAUGUGAUGAUGGAGCUCUAGGAGAGAAGGUGAUGGUCGGUGAUGAAAAAAUUGAUUUCCUUGAAGCAUUGAAUGUCUCAGUAGAGGAACACUCUGACAGCUUGCUCAGUGAUGAAGUUUUAUUAGGUGAAAACAGCGAAAGGGUAGACUGUUGUGAUGAGAAUGUCGAUUUAGAAGAGACAGAGAAAGUUGAAGAUAAGUUUGUUCUGAAUGAACCUGAGGCCUUUGAGGAAAAAAGCGACCAAGUAGACGAUAUAAAACCAGAUUCAAAAAGCAUCUCAAAUUCAUGUGACAAUGGAGAUUCGGAAGGUAAUGUGAUGGCGGGUGAUGAAAAAAUUGAUUCUCAUGAAACAUUGAAUGUCUCAGUUGAGGAACAUUUGGCUCCAGAGGAACACUCUGACAGAAGUUUGCUCCGUGAUGAAGUUGUAUCAGGUGAAAACAGCGAACGGGUAGACUUUUGUGGUGAGAAUGCUGUCUUAGAAGAGAUACAGAAAGUUGAUGAUAGGUUUAUCCUGAAUGAACCUGAGGUUUUUGAGGUAAAAAAGAAUCAAGUAGACAAUAUAAAACUAGAUUCAGAAGGCAUAACAAAUCCGUGUGAGAAUGUAGAUUCAGAAGAGAAUCUGCUGAUGGUUGAUGAAAAAAUUGAGCCUCAUGAAGCAUUGAAAGUUUCAGCUAAGUUUUUAACAGAAGCGGAUGGUAGUAAUACAGAUUCCAUUUCUUGUAUCACCGAGAAUCCAAGCGAUCCUGUAGCGUCUGCUUCAGAGACGAAAGAUGGAAUUGAUUUCCAUGAAGUGUUAAAUGUGUCAAUUGACGAAUAUUUGGAACACUCUGACAGCUUGCUCUGUGAUAAAGUUUUAUCAGAAGCUACUGAUGCGGAUUCUAUCUCUUGUGACACUGAGAAUAUAAGCGAUCCUUUGGUGUCUGUUUUAGAGACGAAGAAUGAAGUUGUGGAGUGCCAUGGUUUUACAAAUAACAACGAAAGUUCAAGUGAGCUGUCAAAGUUAGAUAAUCGAAACGACCAUAAUGUUGCUAUGGAAAUGACUGCAGAGUCAAAGGGGACAGAAGAGAAUAUGAAAAUUGUUACAAAUCAAGGCGAUGAGGCCCUUGUGAAUCCCAACGAGCAAGAGCGAAGCAAGGAGUAUGAAACUUCUGAAGAAUCACAAAACUUUUUGAUCAAAGAACCCGCUGUCGAUCAAGAAAAUGAGACAGUAACACUUUCAGAUGAUGUUAUCGACCACUCAACUCAUUUGACACCAAUAAAGAAUGAAACGUCAAAUAAUAAUAAUAAUAACCCAACUGUAACAAGGGAAACGAGUCAGGUGUCAGACGACAAUGAGAACAUUGUAAUAUCGGUGCAGGAAGUUAUAGUUGAAGGUGAUAACAAAAUAGCCGAAGAUGAGAAGCCUCCUACAAGUUUAAAUGAUACAAGUAUGAGACAACUAAAGAAGCAGUUGAAAGCCUUGUCCAUAAAAAGUAACUUGAAUGCCAACAAAGAUGAUCAAGUGGCUGAAGCAAGGUCUGUUUUGCAAGCUAUGCGUGACAACCAUUUGGCCACCAAAGAAGCUAGUUGAGGGCUACUUACAAUCGCAAGCUUCAAAGAGUACCACAAUUUUGAUUUCAUGAUGUUACUACUUACUACUAAAAAAACUUACUACUACUGUUUGUAUUACAUCGAUAUUGAAUUCGGCAUUAUUUGUAAAAUACUUGGCUUGAAAUGUUUGAAACACGAUUGAACAUUGAAGGGAAAAAUAACUACAUCAA